AUGGGGUUGAGAAAAAUUUCCUUGCUUGCAGUUGUAUGUUUUGCCCUUCUCGUGAGUUCCAAUGCUGAAGAACAAGAGUCGGAGCAAGAGAGGCGACCUAUUAAGACCUUUAAGACAAUCUAUGGAGAGAUCAUUGAUUGUAUCGACAUAUAUAAACAACCAGCGUUCGACCACCCUUUACUGAAAGAUCAUAAGCUUCAGAAAAAGCCUAGCUUUUCGCUCAAUGCAACAAAGCACGGACAGAGAGCACAAGUUAAGCUACUGGAGAUAUCACAUGCUUUGGAUGGCUGUCCCGAUGGAACUAUUCCAAUUCUCAGAAGGACAAAGGAAGAUCGGAUAAGGGCCAAAUUACUUGAGCAGACACAUCCACAGAUAUAUCAUCCAUCGUCUGUUGAAUUUCCAGGUCUUCGUCUGUGGAGCGGAAGUAAUCCUUUCCACGGAGCAAAAGCAUUCAUUGAUAAUUACAUUCCAAAGUGUGCAAAUGGACAAUCUAGUGCAGCUCUGCUUAGGAUCGCCAGCAGGAUCACUGGCGGAACAAACAUAAUGCAAACUGGAUGGACGGUGUAUCCAGAUCUAUACAAGGACAGUUGGAGUCAUUUCUUUAUUUACUGGCAAGCAGGUGCAACAGGAUGCUAUGAUUUGAUGUGUCCAGGCUUUGUGCAAGUUGAUCAUUCCAUUACUCUCGGACAAGUUCUCCCAGAAUCUUCUUCUUAUGGCGGGCAACAGUUCGAGAUUCAACUUACAAUUGAUCAGGAUUUGACCACAAACAAUUGGUGGUUGAUAGUCGAAACGGCUAACGGUACUGCUCACGUGGGUUAUUGGCCGGCUGAGUUGUUGCCCGAAAUGAAGGACGGCGCCGAGGCACUAUUCUUCGGAGGAGGGACGUCCGCGUUCAAAGACAUGCCUUUCCCGCCGAUGGGAAGCGGAUACUUUCCGGACAAGUCGUUCUCGCAUGCUUGCUACAUUAGACAAAUUCACUACACGGAUCGCUCGAAAGAAUGGAAAGUGCCCGAGUCUUGGCAAGUAUCGACUCAGACGAGCUCGAAAGACUGCUACGGCGUUGCUGUCAACGAUGACGAUGAUUACAUGGGCUAUACCUUGUUGUUCGGGGGACCCGGUGGAUAUUGUGGAGCUUAA